AUGCCCAAGUCCAAGCGCCAGAGGGUGACAACACUGUCCAAGACUCCGGGACGGACGACCAAGGCGUCCAAGCUGGCGCUCGUCAACGAGAUCCGCGAAAACGUUGACAAGUUUGAGCAUGUCUGGCUCUUCAGCGUCGGCGACAUGCGCAACGAGGGCCUCAAGGACGUGCGGGCCCAGUGGCGCGGGACGGGGCGCUUCUUCUUUGGCAAGACGCGCGUCAUGGCCAAGGCGUUGGGUGUGAGCGCCGAGACCGAGUACGAGGAGGGCAUUGGGGCUAUUGGACGGCAACUCAAGGGCCAGAUCGGCAUCUUCUGCACCUCGCACCCCGUGUCCGAAACGGUCGAGUGGUUCGAGACGUGGUCCAAGAAGGAGUACGCGCGCCAGGGCGCCAAGGCGACGGCCGACAUCACGCUGCCCGAGGGCGCGCUCCUCACCCCCUGGAGCGAGGACAACAACGGCGACCCGUUCCCGCACUCGAUGGACCCGCAGCUCCGCGCGCUCGGCCUCGACACGAGCCUCGUUCGCGGCGUGCCGAGCCUCAAGAACGCCCACGUCCUCUGCCGCAAGGGCGAGAAGCUGAGCAGCGAGAAGUGCCGUAUUCUCAAGCUGCUCGCGGUGCAGAUGGCUGAGUUCAAGAUUGUCCUCGGCUCGCACUGGACAAAGGGAGAGGGAUACGUUGCUGGCGCCGAGCUCGACGCUGGUGAGGAGGACGAGGACGCCGGCGACAUGGACGAGGACUAG